AUGGUGAAUAUAGAUAUCAAAUCGACAAGUGUUAAAACAGUAAGCCAACGGAGCCAGUCAGGCAUACCAAAUGGGGAUGGCGAGGACGAACUAAGCAUUCAGAUACCAUCCUUAGAUGCACAUACACCUCAGCAUACUUCUCCUAACAACAUCCCAGAAUCAUCAUCGAAAAAUCUAACAUCAUCGGUAGUCGCAAACAGUGUCGAAAAACUUUCGCAGAACGAGGCUGAAGACUCGAUUACGCUUCCCUCUGCAAAACUAGAAGAGUGGUUGAAACAUGGUAUUCAAAUUCUACGGGAGAAUCGGCGAAGAACGAAGACUGCCGGUUCUGAUCCAGAAUAUGAAGCAUUAGAUAAUGAUCCAGAACUUGAGUAUCUAGAUCAACGAAACGUUGAAAUAUCUUCCUCACGAGGUAGAGUCUCUGGGUCACAAUCUGAUGACCAACUUCGUCGACAAUAUAGCAAUAAUUCAAGUCGACAAUUUAGAAACCAGCCGUGGUUUACAACAGCCCAGGGAGAAAUUGUUGAUCAAUUUUUGGAUAGAGCCCGGAGAAAUCCUUUCAACUUUAAACAAAUAAGUGCAGAAUCGCCCGUGAUUUUUACGAUUGACGCAGAUGAAUUGAGUGGCUUUCCAGACGACACGACUUGUGAACUUCUUCGCCAGUAUUGGGAUGCCAGUUCUGACAAAGAUUAUGAAAGAUCAUUCGAAAUAGCAUGGGAGAAGUAUUACAAAAAGCUUUUUUGGGUUGACGAAUUCUCGAAUGUUGCCCGUCGCCAGUGGACUCUAACAUUACAAAAAACAUGGCUUCGAAGACGUUUGAUUGCAAUCAGAGCUUCGAAAGAUUGCAUUAUCGUUGGAAUUUGCUGUGCCGAAUUACUAUGCAAAUAUGGCAGUCGUUCCGGUGAACGGAAAGCUGGAUCCGUGCUUGAGUUUUGUUACGAUUCUGGAGUUCUUCAUCGGGAGAUAGGUAGUGAAUUACAUGAUAUCUUAUUGCUUGCAGAUAUCAUUCCUAUUUUCAAUACUUACAUAAGGUUAGAAACUGUCUUUAAACAAGUUUCUUUUCAAUCAAAAUUCCAGGAGUGGAUUUAUUAUAUCGAUAUUGAAGCCGUUCUUGCGCUUGAACUGACUGAGUUCAUGAUCAUUAUCUAUUUCUUAGAACUCGGAGGUAUCAAAUUAAUCUGGAUAGAUGUACUAGAGGAGCACCUUCUUCUCAAUCUUGAAAGUAAGGAGUUACUACUCGCAUGGAUCAGACAUACUUUGCUAGGGUAUCCAGCUGGGCGUCCAGAAGAAUAUUGCAUGAACACACGGGAUGUAUUUGAUCCAGAACCAUCCUCUAGAUCACUUGUUUCCCAUGCGUUUGGAUUGAAUCACAGCAUUAAGCGAACUUGGUUUAUGCUACAUACCUCUUCAAAGGACUCGAAGAGAUUUUACAGACUCAUAAGUACUCGCAGCGAAGAACCAACAGCAAAGAUGUGGAAGGAUACUGAUUCCAUAACCUCGUCAGAAUACACCCUCCUAGACUCGUAUCACAAUUUGUCUUCGUCAAAGAUUGAAUCCGCCGCACGAAAUGAAUCUGAAAUACCUUACGCUUGUUUUGGUCAUCUUGAACAUCGUGUCCGAAUACUCCGAGAAUACACGGACAAGCAAAAACCGCGAGGUUUCCGACAACUCUGGAGAGACAGUCGAGAUUCCUUCAAUUAUUAUACAUUCUGGGGAGUUAUAAUUUUCGGGGCUGUCAGUGUUUUCUUAGCAAUGGCAUCACUUGCAGUUAGCAUUGCCCAAACAUAUGCUUCUCUCAAGUCUCUUGGAUAG